UAAUUGAGGGAUCACAUUGGAAGGGCAAAGUUAUAGAGUUAUAAAACUGCCACAGUGUAUUCAAUAAUACUGACAUUUGUUUUCUUCUCCCUUACUGCAAACAUGAAAUUCAAUGGCAAAAAGGGAAAGAAAGGAAAGGCAGCGAGGCUGAGAGCUGAAGCCCUGUUACGAGCUCAACAAGAAGAAGAAGCAAGGCUUGAAAGGGAGAGACUGUAUCGAGAGCUCGUGGAAAGGCUCGAGGCAAAGUAUGAAGGAGAGAGGGAGUCUGAACUAGCCCAAUAUAAUUCACUGGCACAGAAGUUUCUUUCUGCAAAGCAGUGGAAAAUGGAUUACAGAGAACAAGCCAAGUGGGAGCACUACCUGAGCUGUGAUGGGACUCCUGACCCCACUGUGCCUCAGGAAAUCAACACUUUCAUGAGCUUGUGGUGUGAUGAGCAAGAUCAGGAUGUUCAGCUUGUGAUGGAGAAGGGGGAAGUGGUGCUGCAUUUGAUUGAGAAGUUGGAGUUUCUGCUGUUGGAGACAGCACCAGAAGACAUCACAGACGAAAAACAAGAGCAGUACCUGCAAGUUAUUCUGCAACUGCAGGAUCUGCUUCACCAGAAAUACAAUGAUGCUACCCAGAGCCUGCUCAAAAUAGCUAGUAUGUAUGAAGAUUCUGAAAGUGGGAAUAUGCACACAGUCCUAAAGGAUAAAAAUGUUACUUUCUGUCUUUGGGCCAAUCUGAAGAUGAAAGUAAGGUACAAGGACCACGUGUUCCAGGAGGCGGGGCACGCCUUUGAGCUGCCCCUGUCCCUGGCUCUGAGCAGCGUGGCCGUUCGCGUGCUGUACACCCGCUACGACCACGUGUCCCCGCUGUGGGUGCAGUGCCAGGGGCUGCCGAGGCCGGAGGGCCCCGCCACCCUGGAGUCAGCUGAGCAGCCACAGGACACUGGGCAAGGAUCGGCAGAGGAGGAGGAGGAAGGCAGGGAAGAACCCAGCGUGCCUGCUGCAGAAAAAACGGGUUCUAAGGGCAGAAAGAAGAGUUCUGCCUCAUUGAAGGAGACCAGCAAUAACACAGGUGAUAUAAAAGAGACACAGGAGGAAACUGAGAAGAAUUCAGAAAAUUUGGAGGAGCCAUCACAAGAGGAGGAGGCCCCGCUGCAGGAGGAGCCGGGAGGCGGAGAAGAGGCCCCGCGAGUUGUGGAUUUGGAGCAGCUGGUGCCCGUGGGGGGCGUGUUCCACAUCUCUGUCCUGCGGCUGCCGCCCCAGGCCCAGGACGUCGGGGACUGGAUCAUGGUGGAGCUGCUGGAUGUUGGACUGGAGGAGUAUCCAUAUUCCCCAGGAAAGGCUGAAGAUGGCACACAGGAAGCAGUACAGAUCACCCUGAGGCUCCCUGAUAAUGUGAUUUAUUUUAAAGUGCCUGUGCUAGCCCGAUGGGAUCCUGCAGGCCAAUGGUGGAGAACUGAUGGCAUCAGCAAGAUAACCUAUGAAGCAGAAAAAAAGAGCAUCACCUUCAGCAUGGGUGGCUUUUCUACAGUAGCCCUUCUCCAGGAUGCUCACCUGAACCUGCCCUAUCAGGCCUGGGAAUUGCACCCUACUGGUGUGGAUGAAGGCCUCUUCACAAUUACUGCAGUCUUUGCAACCAUUCAGAUACAAAUUAAGGAUAAUCAGUGUAUGUUGUCUUCAGUAGUGGUGGAAGAGGAGGAGGUGCUUUCCCACAUCACAGGGAAAUGGAUGAGUCCUCUUGCCCUCAGAGCAGCUUUGAAAAGAGCUGGAGUGAACAUUUUCCCAGCAGAGCACUCUCCCAAGUAUGUCCCUGUGCCCAGGAAGGGUCCCCUGGCAGAAGUGAGGGCCUAUGAACAGAUGGCUCUCCUGGCAGCUGCUUUUGCUUUUGCUCACAGCAAGUGGAACGGAGAAGCGGGGCCAGAGCAAGUCAUGUUCAAGGUGAGUGAACAUCUGACAGCAGGUUCUGCCAAAGGCAACCACUGGUCUCUUUUGAUGUUCGAUGGUGAGAAAGUGCAACACCUCAAGCUCACUGAAACCAGUGAAGCUUUUUCAGAAGAGGUGCGAGAAGAGUCUGAAUUUCACUCUACACUCUACCAUAUGGUCAAGGAGUCUGCCAGCAAUGAAGCCAUGGAAAAAGUGGAAAGAGCUGGCUGCAUGUUCAUUGAUUCUGUGUAUCAGCUGCUCCUUGCUACCAGAGUCUUAGCAUUCUCUUAAAUGCUGCAUGCUUUCCUUCAAAAGUUUUCAAUAAAGUUACAUUUCAAGUCUUAAAUCCUUUUCUAGUCAAAACAUUCAAACAGGUUCUAAAAUGCAAACAUUUUAUCUUUGUUCAAGCAAAAUAAAUUCUUUAUUCAAUUGUGGCUAAACUACCUAGACACGUUUUAUAGAAAAAAAUGGAAUGG